AUGAUACUUUUUACGUUGGUUUCGAGAGUUGCUGAUGGACUUCCAUUGGUGGCCUCCGUAAAGGAGGAUACAGAGCUGAACAGGAAUAUGGUAAACUAUCAAAAUCAAGCGAAGUUGUUAAUUCGCAGACUAGCACCAAAUUCUCCACCUCGUUGUUCUCUUACUGCUGGAAAUUACUAUUUUCAUUACCUCCUUGAAAAUGGCAUUUGUUACCUUAUUCUAACAGAGGGGAAUUUCCCAAGACAAAAGGCCUUUAGUUUUCUGGAAGAGGUGCACAACCAAUUCAGUGGACAAUAUGCUAACGACGUCUACACUGUUUCACGUCCUUAUGGAUUUAUUGAAUUCGAUCGUGAGUUGCAGAAAUUACAGCAAAAGUAUACAGAUACGCGUGUUUCGUCGAAUGUGGCUCAAUUAAACGUGGCGCUACAGGAUGUUCAACGUAUUAUGGUUAGAAAUAUUGACGAUGUUCUCAGGCGAGGCGAGGCCCUAACAGCUCUAGACGCACAAGCCAGCCACCUCUCAGAUCUCUCAAAGAAUUACCGAACUGGUGCCCAAUCUCUAAAUGUUCAGAGCUCUGUCGCAAAAUACCUUAUCAUUUCUAUUGUAGCUGUAAUCUUUCUCCUCUUUUUAUAUUUCCGUUUCCUUUGGUGA